UUUCUUUCGCCUUAUCAGCCACCCGAACUAUCGCGAGAGUGGCCGGAAAUCUCGCGGCCGAAGUAGCUGCGCCAGAGAAGACGGAGAAACGAGCUGAUAUUGUCGCCUGUUUUCUCAACGACAAGAUUACCUUCGAGACGCCGACUAAACAGGUCGCCGCAGUCCCUCAAACAUGUCUGACAGCGACGACAGCGACUUCUCCGACAACCAGAGCGAGCGCAGCAGCGACGGAGAAGCCGAAGAGGUGGAGAAUGAGGAGGAGACGGGCAGCCCCGUUGGCAGCGAUAAGGUGGCCGAGGAGGAGGGCGAGGACCUGGAUGACGAGUAUGACGACGAAGAGGAGGAGGAAGACGAUGACGACCGGCCUCGGAAGAAGCCGCGUCACGGAGGUUUCAUCCUGGAUGAAGCUGAUGUGGACGACGAGUACGAGGACGAGGAAGACCAGUGGGAAGAAGGAGCUGAGGACAUCUUGGAAAAAGGUGAGGACGUCGUGCACGCACGAAUGGAGAGCGCAAAGUCGUGUGCGACCGACUGUUGAGUGUCAACAAUGGACAUGUCGAGGGACGAACAUGAUGUGGAAAUAAAGAAGCAACUUCCCCAAACGUGGGCCUCCAAAUGGGUCUUCCUAAUGGAGCCCCCAUCACAAAGUCCUGAUCGCAAUCCCAUGGACCCAAGAUGGGCAGAUCUGAAGAGACCCGUGCGAUCGAGAGGAGCUGACUUUGCUGAAAAUGGUGAACGGCGAGGUGCCGAGAGGGCAACUACGCAAGGUCUCAGCAAGGAGCAAGGGCGGAAACAUAACAUUAUGAAGUGCCAGAAAUGUGUGUGUGUGGGGGGGGGGGGGGAACCUUCAAUUGAAUUCCAUAUGUCACUGGGACCCGACGGGGGUGAUAUGACGGCAGAGUUUUGAACCGGCUGGAGUUCACGGGGCGAGGAAGACCAAAAAGUAAGCAAUUGCCGUAGUCCAUGUGGAACGGGACAAGCCGAUGGACAAGAAUCGCAGAGAGCGUUCGGACGGAGCCGGUCGGUAUUGCACUCGUGACAGCCAAAGGCCGACUUGCGUUGUUUCCGUGGAAGUGAAAGGAGGGAGAGCCGUCGAAGAUCAGACGCAGAGUCUUAACUUGGAGGGAAGAGUGAGGGUGCAGCUGUCUUGUUUUGGAUUGCGUGGUUUUAGUUUGGAUGAGAUUUUCAGUUUUUGACUUUCAAGAAACCGGACUGGAUGUCUCUGAAGGACAGACGGAGGAGGUGGACGUUGCAAGUGUUGACCAGAAAAGUACAGCUGGGUGUCAACUACAAAACGGUGCGGAAUAGAGUAUUGUACUUACUGGACAUUUUGCCAACCGGGAGGGGUCGGAAAAUGGAGCCCUGAGUUACACCUGCAGUAACUGGGGAAGGAUCAGGUUUCAAGGAUUUUCAACCGAAUGGACUGGGAGAUGGGAGGGAGAAAAAGGGAGAUGCCGGUCCCAGAGAGUCUUCGUAGGAGGUUGUGCUUGCCCGUCCGUGUGUUGCUAUCACAAAGCUGUGGUCAAGUCAAGCGGGAUCGUUUUUUUUUUCCAAUUUCUCAAACUCGGUUUUAAUGAGAAGUAGAAUGCUCAAUACUGACAAGAUUUGAGACCUGCAGCUUGAAAUGAAAUCCAAUCCAAUUGAAGCGUUCUGCGGCCGAGGGUACUUGAAGGUACCGUCGUAAAAUAGCGUCUUGAGGCUUAGUUGGAUGUGGGCCGCCCGAGAAAUGUGAAAGGUGAAGCUGGCGUGUCGUCUGCAGUUGAUGCAAAUUCUUCUUUUGGGUUUUCUACACCUGUGCGAGAGCGACAGACGGCCCGUCCCGUGCGAUUGAUGAGCAACUUUUGUGCGGAUAACAAUUUUGAAGCGGCCGACGUUCCUCGCGAACUAACGUCCGCUGUGUUGUUGUCCCGACACGCUUUGCGUCCCCACCUGCCCGCUGCUUGUCCGCCGCCACCCAUCCUGCCUCCGAACUGCCUGUCGUACCUUUACUUCCCGGCGCGCUCGGUCCGCUCGCCUCCCCGUCCCGGCGCCGUCCUGCGCAGAGGAGGCCGAAGUAUCCAACAUCGACCACGUGGUUCUGGAUGAAGAUCACUCCGGAUCUAGGAGGCUGCAGAACCUCUGGAGAGAGUCUCGAGAGGAGGCGCUAGGUGAAUACUACAUGAGGAAGUACGCAAAGUCCUCGGGAGGGGAGCACUAUUCGGGGGGGUCGGAGGAGCUCUCUGACGACAUCACCCAGCAGCAGCUACUUCCUGGUGUCAAGGAUCCGAAUCUGUGGACCGUCAAGUGCAAGAUUGGGGAGGAGAGGACAACCGCCAUUGCGCUGAUGAGGAAGUUCAUCGCCUAUCAGUUCACUGACACGCCACUCCAGAUCAAGUCGGUGGUGGCCCCCGACCACGUGAAGGGUUACAUCUACGUGGAGUCCUACAAGCAGACUCACGUGAAAGCCGCCAUCGAGGGCAUCGGAAACCUCCGGAUGGGCUUGUGGAACCAGCAGAUGGUCCCGAUCAAAGAGAUGACCGACGUCCUCAAGGUGGUCAAAGAGGUCACCAACUUGAAGCCCAAAUCCUGGGUCAGGCUCAAGCGAGGCCUGUACAAAGACGACAUCGCGCAGGUGGACUACGUGGAGCCCAGCCAGAACACCAUCUCGCUCAAGAUGAUCCCUCGCAUCGAACUGGACCGCAUCAAAGCCAAGAUGAGCUUGAAAGACUGGUAUGCCAAGAGGAAGAAGUUCAAGCGGCCCGCUCAGAGGCUUUUUGAUGCAGAAAAAAUCCGGUCGCUCGGGGGGGAGGUCAGUCACGACGGCGACUUCAUGAUCUUCGAGGGGAAUCGCUACAGCCGCAAAGGAUUCCUGUUCAAGAGCUUCGCCAUGUCGGCCGUGAUCACAGACGGUGUGAAGCCCACACUGUCGGAGCUGGAGAAGUUUGAAGACCAGCCGGAAGGAAUCGACCUGGAGGUGGUCACCGAGUCAGGGAAGGAGCGGGAACACAACCUGCAGGCCGGCGACAACGUGGAGGUGUGCGAGGGCGAGUUGAUCAACCUGCAGGGAAAGAUCCUCAGCGUGGACGGCAACAAGAUCACCAUCAUGCCCAAACACGAAGACCUCAAGGACCCCCUGGAGUUCCCAGCUCAAGAGUUAAAGAAGUAUUUCCGGAUGGGCGACCACGUGAAAGUGAUCGCCGGCCGAUACGAAGGCGACACGGGUCUUAUCGUACGCGUGGAGGAGAACUUUGUCAUCCUCUUCUCCGACCUGACCAUGCACGAGCUGAAGGUGCUGCCCAGAGAUCUGCAGCUCUGCUCGGAAACGGCGUCCGGCGUGGACGCGGGUGGGCAGCACGAGUGGGGGGAGCUGGUCCAGCUGGACCCGCAGACGGUGGGCGUUAUCGUGCGGCUGGAGCGAGAAACCUUCCAGGUGUUGAACAUGCACGGCAAAGUUCUGACAGUGCGCCACCAGGCGGUCAACCGCAAGAAGGACAACCGCUUCGCUGUGGCUUUGGACUCGGAGCAGAACAACAUCCACGUCAAAGACAUCGUCAAAGUCAUCGACGGGCCUCACUCGGGCCGCGAAGGCGAAAUCCGCCACCUUUUCCGAGGUUUCGCCUUCCUGCACUGUAAGAAGCUGGUGGAGAACGGCGGCAUGUUUGUCUGCAAGACUCGACACCUGGUGCUGGCCGGCGGCUCCAAGCCCAGGGACGUGACAAACUUCACGGUGGGCGGCUUCGCUCCCAUGAGUCCUCGCAUCAGCAGCCCCAUGCAUCACGGCGGCGGCGGCGGCGGCGGUGCUCAGCAACGCGGCGGCGGAGGCGGCGGCGGCGGCAUGGGGCGGGGCCGAGGACGACGAGACAACGAGCUGAUCGGUCAGACCGUUCGCAUCUCGCAGGGUCCAUACAAAGGUUACAUCGGUGUGGUGAAGGACGCCACAGAGUCCACGGCCCGAGUGGAGCUUCACUCCACCUGUCAGACCAUCUCCGUCGACAGACAACGCUUGACCACCACGGGUGCCCAGAAACACAGCGGAAUGACGUCCACCCACGGGCGCACCCCCAUGUACGGCUCGGGCUCCAGGACGCCCAUGUGUGGCUCUCAGACGCCGCUGCACGACGGAAGCCGCACGCCCCACAGCGGCUCGCAGACGCCGCUGCACGACGGCAGCAGGACGCCGGGUCAGAGCGGAGCCUGGGACCCCAGCAACCCCAACACGCCGUCCAGGAACGACGAGGAGUACGACUUCGGCUAUGACGACGAGCCCUCGCCUUCGCCUCAGGGCUACGGGGGGACCCCUAACCCCCAGACGCCAGGUUACCCAGAAGUCCCGUCUCCGCAGGUCAACAAUCAGUACAACCCUCAGACGCCGGGCACGCCCGCCAUGUACAACACGGAUCAAUAUUCCCCCUACGCCGUCCCCUCGCCCCAAGGGUCCUACCAGCCCAGUCCGAGUCCUCAGAGCUACCACCAGGUGGCGCCCUCGCCCGUAGGCUACCAGAACACGCACUCGCCGGCCAGCUACCACCCGACGCCGUCACCCAUGGCCUAUCAGGCCAGCCCGAGUCCGAGUCCGGUGGGCUACAGCCCCAUGACGCCCGGCGCGCCCUCUCCCGGCGGCUACAACCCCCACACGCCGGGCUCCAACAUCGAGCAGGGGGGCAGCGACUGGGUGACCACCGACAUCCUGGUGCGGGUUAAGGACUCUUUCAUGGACCUGACUGGACAGACGGGAGUCAUCCGGAGCGUCACGGGCGGCAUGUGCUCCGUGUUCAUGCAGGACUCGGAGAAGGUCGUGAGCGUCAGCGGCGACCACCUGGAGCCCGUCACGCCCACCAAGAACGACAAGGUGAAGGUGAUCCUGGGAGAGCACCGCGAGGCCACGGGGACGCUGCUGAGCAUCGACGGCGACGACGGCAUCGUCCGCAAAGUCCUCGACAACCAGCUGAUGAUCCUCAACCUGAGGUUCCUGGGCUGUCUGGGCCACUGAGGCUAGCGACAACCCCCCCCCACAUCUUUUCACACGGAUGUCAGGCAAAGUCGGGUGUUCAGUUUGACUCCUCAUGCUUGCUGGUGUUUUUUUUUUGUUGUUGUUUUUUGUUUUUCUCCUUUUUUCAUCAUCUCCUAGUUAAUUGGCUCACUUCGUACCGCCGCCGCCGUCGGGUUUUAGUCGCUUUGCGCCCACGCGAGCGCGAACGUCCGCACAUGCAUACGUGUCAAUAAAGUAUGAAACGGGCCGCAU